AUGUAUGCUACCGUAUGCACGCUCAGAUGCUCAGGGCGUAUUCGCACAGUUGACAGAGACCAGGCGUCGGAGUUUCGCGCCUGUAACUCGCUUUGUUAUGGCAACCCGCCGCUUGUGCCUUCGCGUCUACUCGCUACCGGUGAUGUUCCUCUGCCAUUGAGAGAGAAGGGCCUUUUGGACGGAAUCAGGAUCCACAUCCGUUGA